UGUGGGCAGCAGCAGCUUGAACGGUUCUGGGAACAGGAUGAGAAGUUAGAGCUGAAUGGACAGCAGGGUUGUCGCAGACUGACGCUUCCGCAUUAGGCUCGGCUCACUUUGGUUUCAACAUGAAAAGCUGCAGGUACCUGCUGUUAUUUCAUCGUAUACUCACAUCUGUGGUCGAUUGUUCCACAGAUAAAGAUGGCUACUUCAUGUAUGCCAACUUCUGGUGUGCUGUUCCUUCCAGAAAGCCAGAGCAGGUGGAAUAUCUGAUUGACUGGUAUUUCAACAAAGAGCUUACAAUGCAGUACAACAGCACGGUCGGGAACUGGACGGGCAUCACUCCGGCUGGAUUAAUCACAGCAGCUGCCUUCAAUGAAGACGAGCAUGAUGUUCUACAGAGAAAACUGGAGAGACAACUUAUAUGCUUCGACAACGUUAAUUUGAUAUAUAACAUCACAGAAGAAAACAUGGCUGAACCGAGCAUCAGUCUUCAUGCAGUAGACCGCAGCUCCGGUCAUGACGCCUUGCUCGUGUGCAGCGCUUACGACUUCUACCCCAAAUUCAUCCGAGUGACGUGGCUCUGCGACGGACAGGAAGUGACCAAGGGUGUGACCUUUAGUGAGGUGAUGUCAGAUGAAGACUGGACCUAUCAGGUUCACUCUUACCUGGAACUCACACCUGACCGACAGGAUAAGGUCAGCUGUAUGGUGGAGCAUCCCACCCUCAGAGAGCCCAAGAUUUACAGCUGGGAUUCUUCCAUGAAUCAGUCUGACAGGAGUUACAUCGCUGGGGGAGUUUGUUGUUUGGUUUUGGGAGCACUCGUUCUGUGUGUGGGAGUGAUCCAGCACAGGAAGAAGAGCUACAAUCCACACUUCUCAGAUGGCCUUUAACUUCACAACUAGUUCAUCUUCUGUCAGUUAUCUUAUCAAUAUAAAACCAAGUGGACACCAGUAGUGCAUGAAAAUAUAUAUAUAUAAAAAAAAGCAAAAAUGAAGGAAAACUCACAGGCUACGUUUUCUUUGUACGAUGGUUAAGCAAGAUAAUUUUUUAUGUAUUUGUAUUCAUUAAAAGCUGCAAUGGUA